AUGGCCAGGAGACCUAGGCACAGCAUAUAUAGCAGUGAUGAUGAGGAUGAAGAUGUCGACUUAUAUGAUCAUGAUUAUGAUGGGCUGCUCCCUAAGGGUGGAAAACGUCAUUUAGGGAAAACACGAUGGACCCGAGAAGAGGAUGAGAAGCUAAAGAAACUUGUGGAGCAGAAUGGCACAGAAGAUUGGAAAGUUAUUGCCAAUUUCCUUCCUAAUCGGACGGACGUACAGUGCCAGCAUCGAUGGCAAAAGGUGCUAAAUCCAGAACUUAUAAAAGGCCCGUGGACUAAAGAAGAAGAUCAGCAAGUAAUAGAGCUUGUACAGAAAUACGGCCCUAAACGCUGGUCUGUCAUCGCCAAGCACUUAAAGGGAAGGAUUGGGAAACAAUGCAGGGAGCGUUGGCACAACCAUUUGAAUCCAGAAGUGAAAAAAACAUCCUGGACGGAGGAAGAGGAUAGAAUUAUUUAUCAGGCACACAAGAGGCUUGGGAACAGAUGGGCAGAAAUUGCAAAGUUGCUACCUGGACGAACUGAUAAUGCUAUCAAAAACCAUUGGAAUUCUACAAUGCGUCGAAAGGUUGAGCAAGAAGGUUAUCUUCAAGAGUCUUCAAAAGUCAACCAGCCUUCAGGUUUUCCAAAGAACAAUCAUUUAAUGGGUUUUACCCAUACUCCACCUUCUGUGCAUCUGGCAACAGACACUCAAGCCGCAGCGGCCAAUGACUAUUCGUAUUACCAUAUUUCUGAGACGCAAAAUGUCUCUCCUCAGAUCCCAUAUCCAGUAGCACUUCAUGUAAAUAUUGUUAAUGUACCCCAGCCAGCUGCUGCAGCUAUUCAGAGACACUAUAAUGAUGAAGACCCUGAGAAAGAAAAACGAAUAAAGGAAUUAGAGUUGCUACUAAUGUCGACUGAGAAUGAACUGAAAGGGCAGCAGGCAUUACCAACUCAGAAUCACACUUCAGAUUAUCCAGGAUGGCACAGCACCACAAUUGCAGACAAUACCAGAACCAGCGGUAAUGGUGCAGCCCUUUCCUCUUUGGGGGAGCAUCACUGCACUGCCUCCCCACCAAUGGACCACGGCUGCUUGCCUGAAGAAAGUGCAUCCCCUGCAAGGUGCAUGAUUGUUCACCAGAGUAACUUCCUGGAUAAUGUUAAGAAUCUCUUAGAAUUUGCAGAAACACUUCAGCUAAUAGAUUCCGAUCUGUCGUCAAGCGUUGAUCUCAGCAGCUUUGAAUUCUCAGAAACAUCAUAUGCUUCACCUACCCAGGUUCCCUCAGACAGAACCCCACAGCUUCAGAAAACAGACAGCAGUGUGUGUAGGCCUGCAGGACACCCUCUUGCAGACUUGAGCAGAGCCAUGUUGAGUCAGGAUUCCUUUGCCUUACCAAAGUCCUUGACUGGCUCCAAAGGUGGCCCGGCUCCAUUGGUCAUUCUGCGUGCAAAGAGAAGCCAUCCCAUGAACCAUUUAGCCAAUGGUCAUAAUAAGUCCUUCAUUCUUGCUGAAGUCAGCAGCUCAACUCCUAAGCAUUCCCCUGUCAAAAGCCUGCCUUUCUCUCCUUCCCAGUUCUUCAGCACUUCUUCUAUCCAAGAAAGUCUGGAUCUGGACAAUCCUAUUUUAAAUUCCACUCCCCUAUGUACUCACAAAGUUGCUGUUACAACGCCUCUUCAAAAAGACCAAGCAUUUAAGAGCCAGAAAGAAAGUAAUUCUUUCAGAACUCCAGCUAUCAAAAGAUCAAUAUUAGAGAGUUCUCCUAGAACACCAACUCCAUUUAAAAAUGCAAUUGCAGCUCAAGAAUUAAAAUACGGACCCCUAAAAAUGCUGCCUCAAACACCAACUCACCUGGUAGAUGACUUGCAAGAUGUCAUCAAACAGGAGUCUGAUGAAACUUGUAUUGUAUCCAGCCUAUGUGAAAAUGGUUCCCCUUUGCUGAAGAAAAUCAAACAAGAGGUGGAUUCUCCAGUAGGGAAAGCAGAAAACUUCCUUUGCUCAAAUAGUUGGGAAGGGGAAGGGCUAAAUGCACAGCUCUUUCCAUAUGCAUCGUCAGCAGAAGACGUGCCUAAUCUGCUGACCAGUUCACAUUUAAAGAUGCCUACAUCAGAAGAAGAAGAUAACAAUCAUAAAUUAUUCACAUUUCAUAGAACUAGAUCAUCAAGUAGUCCGCUUCAGCAUUUUAGCAACACAUGGGAUUCGGCUUUCUGCGGGAAGACGGAAGAUCAGCUGACUUUUUCCGACCCAGCACGCAAAUACAUGGGUGCAUUCUCAGCUCGAACUCUGGUCAUGUAAAAGUCCACCCACAAGCAUUACAUUCUCUUUUCAAAACACUUAACAGUUGAUUUAGAUUUACCAUUCUUCUGCAUGGGAGAAAAACAUUUUUGUAUAUUUGUUUGUUUGUUGUUAUGGUACAACAUUUGGGAGCAGCACAAAGUGCAUUCACAAAAGCAUAUAUUAAUCAGGUUGGAUUCACCCAACUUUAAAAAGGAAAAUGGACGCAUCAAAGUUCUCUUACAUUGAGGAUGCUUUACUGUACUGAGUUAUCAGGUAUUGAAUUUUACGCAGUUAUUAAUAAUGCAGGUUUUAACAACACGGUGAUUUUAAAUGAUUAAAAAUGUUUGGGGAGAUCAAGUGCACAGUAUUAAUUCAGUGAAGAGUUGCUACCUGAGUUCCAGUGCCAGUGAAAAUGUUGUUUAGGUUUUUGUUGAGUUUUCUUUUCUUUUCAAGAGCUGGCACUCAAAUCAGUAGCUUAUGCUAAAAUCAUUGAACAAAUGUCUUGGUCUGAAAUACUGCAAGAAAAGCAUUACUGCAAAUGCUACUAUAAAAGUUAAGGCAGGGCAUACCUUGUCUGUAAGUGCUCACUUACCUUUAAUUAUUUGAAGUACUGUUCUUAAUGGAGAUCCAGAUAGCUUCUCCUUUUUUAUUAAGAAAAGCUUGCUUUUAUUUUUUAUUUUUUACUGUAUGAAGCAUAGUUUUAUGAAAACAAAUUAUAUUUUUAUUCAGUAAUUUAAUUUUGUAAAUGCCAAAUGGACUUUGGGUUGGGUUUUUCUUUUUAAUUUGUAAUGUUCUUUGCUGCUGAAGAUUUGCAGCAUGUAGAUGGACUACUAAAGGACCAUAAAGUUUAUAUAAAAAAUAAAACCCUAGUCGGGGAGCAGGUAGCUAUUUGACUAUGCACUAGCAUUUCUGAUUUUUGCAAUAUUGUUUUGAUGCUCCCUCUUUUCCUGGACAAGCAAUAUUUUGAAACACUUCUUGAGAGUUUUUAUGCACCUAUGUAUGUAUUUUCAAAAGGUUUUGAAAACAUAGAAUUGCAGAUAUUUAGUAUUUUGGGAGAACACAAUCUUGCUUACGUCUUCAAUUAUUGUCUCAUGUUAAAGAUUCCAUACUUGGACCCUGCACAAUUCAAAAAGAAAAAUAUGGCCCUGGGACUGCCAUAUCUGAAUUUUUCUCAGUGGGAAGAGAAAGUGGCUUCUUCUUUUUUUAUGUCAGACAUUGCUGCCUUAAUAGAAUUAGGUGCAGCUUUGUCUGCACUUUUU